AUGGAGAGAUAUCCACCUGAGAUAACAUCCUUAUUGGCUCCGCUUAUCAUUAUACAAGGGUUAGAUAGUACCGUGAUCAGAUCAAAUGAAACGGAAUUUUCAGACAACGGAGACUUAGAAACAGGUUUCAAUUGCCAAUCUCCAGAUUCAUCCAUUAAAAUACCAUCAACUUCAUCAGAUGAUAAUAUUAUUCAUAAUUAUUUGUUGAGCAAAGAAGAUGCUAGCCUAAUCGAGCGAAAGAUCCCGGUAUCUCAUGGACAUAUUUCAUCAUUCUUAUCGGAAUUCUUUUUAAGACAUAAUAUAGCUGAUUCUAUAUUGCCACCCUAUACUGCAAAGGGAUUCAUUAAACAAUUAUAUUAUCAUUUCAAGUUUAUUGGAUCAAAAUGCUACAUUCCAAGCUGUAAUAUUGAUGUUUUCAAGAACAAAUAUUCUGCGGAACAAACAACGAAUUCAGAAGUAAUGGAUAUGCCCAUAUCGCCGUUUUUUAAAGAAUCGCCUUACUUUGGGACAAUACUUCCUCUUGAAUGGAUUCAACUUUAUAGGGAAAUUCUACCAGCAAUCUUUAUAUCCAUUUAUAAUUUGGAGGUGACCAGAGAUAAAGCACAGGAUGUGGCUGCAGAUCGUAAACUUGUUGAAGAGAUUUGUUCAUUCAAGCAUUUUCUGAAUUUAAGAAAAAUUAGGUAUCUUGUGAUCUUGAUUUGCGAUUAUCCUGCGAAAGAUAUAUCCAAUUCACUAUCAAACCGAGUUGAACAUAUAAGGAUGAAUACGAAAUUAGCUGCGGGUACAGGGUUAGCAUUUUUUAAUUCGAAAGAGCCGAAGGAUAUCUCGAAUUUUAUGUUAUCAAUUGUUCAUCUGGUGAGGCCAUGGUGCACAGAUUUUUACAAUGCUCUACUUAAGUGUUCGAAAAUGGACAUUCCUGACGCAUCCCUUCAAUAUGAUAAAAAUCUAUUAUACUCGAGAUCAUCACUUAAGGAAGCAUUAUUAGAAGAAUUUUGCGGCGUAACCGAGGACAGUACAAAAUCCAUGGAAUAUUGUUACGAAAGCCUUAUAAAUUCUUUUCACAGUAUAAAUUUUCAAAAGUCUAAAGUGUGGUGUCAGUGUCGUGGUCUAUUGGAUUUGGCGGCCAUUCACAUAGUUCGAUCUUACAUCCUAUUAGGUAAUGCGAAACAGAGUUAUAAGAAAUUUGCAAUACACAUUCAAAAUGUAACUGCUCUUUUACCACAAGAUUUAAAAGACUCUUACUCUUAUUAUACAUGGCUGGCCACACAGAUGAGUUGGUUAGCGCAAUUAAUUCAAAAAUCGCCAGAGCUUAUUGUUGAUGUUAAUCCGUCGCCCCAAAGGAUGAUAAGUUUAAGCUUAUUAGGGAAUAUGAGUCGAAAGCAAAACAGUUCUCCAUUUUGUGAUGAAUGGAUAACUCCUCAGGGGGGGUUUAUUUAUCUUCAUGCCUGUUCACUCAUGAGACGAAGAAAGAUUUGCGCCCUGCAUUCUAAUAGAGAUGCCUCUGAUCCGUAUAUGUCAACAUCACUCAUGGAAGAACGAAAGUUUCCUUAUUCUAAGAAAUGCCUACAACUUUUGAGUGGUGCUCUUGAUAUGUUUUCGAGAUCAAGAAAAAUGAAAUUCAAUAGAGCGGAAUCUUACACAUAUUUCCAAAUUGCAGAAGAACAUUUUCUUACUAAGAAUUAUAGUAUGGCAAUCAACAACUAUUUAGUUGCAUUACCGAUAUACCAUGAGGAAAAAUGGAAAUGGAUUGAAUCCAUAUUGCUUUUACGUUUAUUCCAGUGUUUAAUCAAACUUGGUAAUUACCACGAUUCUGCGAUUUAUUAUUUGAAGCUUUGUCUGCUUCCAGAAAAGUUAGUGCAUCCGCUUAAAUUUUCAAUUGAUCACCAGAAAUUAAAACUUGAUAACCACUUGGAAGAUUGCGAUCCGAGCGAAAGGUUAACGUUCAACGAAAAACUUAUAAAUGUUAAUGUAGUUUUUGAAAAGCAGGAUGUGAUAAUAGGAAACACUUUCACUAUGCAAGCUGUUAUGACGUCGGCAAUGAACACAUUAAUGGAUCAUGCUAUUGUUGAGAAUGUUCAGUUUAUUUUUGGAGAUAAUAGUAAGUGCAUUGUUGUAAAGCAUAGAUCCGAUUUGGAGUUCAGAGUAUUUGAGACAUUUUAUUGUGAUAUAAAAGAUUUUGAUUACGCCGAAUUUGAAUCCAAUUUGAUUUUUAGUGGGUUUGGCACCCAAAAGAUUUUCAACUUUGAUAUUUCUUCUGCAAUAGGGAAAUUUUCAUUGAAUAGAGUUAAGCUCAUCAUAAAGACAUUGGAUUUUGACAUCGAAAAUUUUGUUUACUUGCAAGCUGAAAAGCCCGGGACUAGUGUUCAGUGGUUACAACCAUUUAAAAAUGGGAAUGGUAUAUCCGGGCACAAGUUUGUAUCAUUAACUCUACCGUCGACAACAUUUAAUGUUCAAGCAAGAAUCCCAAAAGUUAAUAUUCGUUUGAACUAUGAUGAAGUGAUCUUUGAUGGUUUUGAAAUUCCUAUUAAACUGUUUAUCGAUAACAAUGAUGUUAUCGACUACACAUAUAAUGUUAUAUCCACUGCAAAUGUCGGUGACAAGUCCUUACAGAUUUCCCCUAGGAAGCCUGAUAAUGAUAACAAAAUACAAUCUGGAAAAAUCAAAGCUUCCCAAUCUAAAACUGAAAAUGUCUUCUUAUUUAUUCCGGUUUUGGACACCAAUUUCAGAACUCAAGGUCAUGACGAUAAGGAAAUGCUAUACAUUCAUUUUUGUUUUGAAUUUACAUCAAUAGCUGAUGGUAUUACCACAAAUACAAUAAAAGAAGUUAAAAUACCGAUUCAAAGAACAUUUGAUAUCAGAUUAAAUAUCCAACCAGAUUUAGGUCCAAAUAGAUCUUUAUUGUUAAGUUCUGAUAGCACAUUGGAUAAAGCUUUUUCACCAUAUGAUCGCACAUGGAAGGCAUUAGUGUACAUGAAGAAUAAUUCAUAUAUGCAGUUGAUAUUGAAUAAUUUUGACUUAAUAGUUGAGAGUUCUUCAAAGGCGAAAGUCAAGUUAAUAGAUGAUGAUUUUUACCCCACACCACAACGCAUUACUUUCCCCUGUGUGGAAAAGAAGUUUGUUGAGCUUCCGUUCAUCCUUUCUUCAUCCUCUGAAACUAAGUCCUGUUCUUUUAUCGAUACGAAGAUAUACCUACGCUUUUCUUACACUAAAUCUGAGAAGGAUUUUCAACUAGAAACACUCAAACCUCGUCCGUAUAGUCAAUUGGUUUGGGCGGGUAAACUACCAUUGAAGGAUCCCAGAAUAUUGGUUUUUCUACAUGAAUUGGAGAAUAACCUGAUCGAGCUGAACUACCUCGUUGAAAAUCCUUCCAAUGAAACCCUUAAGCUGCAUUGUGCGGUAUCAUACAGUGCAGAAGUUGAAAUGUAUGAUAUAGAUACUCAGGUUGAGUUGACUAUUGCUGGUGAAUCGAGUAAGAUAUUGAAGUACAAGUGCGGAUUAGCGAUGCCUAACAUCAACAAAAGGUUGGUCUCUUUGCCUGAAUUUAAAUUUUAUGAUACCGCACAUAAGCUUUAUUUAAAUCAAAUGCUUGUUACAGAUCAUACCGUGUUGAAAAAAAAUAAGAUGUACUAUAUGAAUUUAAGAAGGGAAACAUCGGACAUGGUGUCAUCAAUAAAUGAGUCUGCCCUUCCAAACGGUAACCAUAUUAUGAAAAGUUAUAAGUAA